AUGAAUGGCUUCGAAAAACAAAGCCUGGACGAGGAUGCCUUUGGCGACAAGGCCUUAGCAGGUCUCAAGACCUUCGACGCCUUCCCAAAAACAAAAGCCUCCUACACCACUCCCACCCGCGGCGGCGGCCAAUGGACCGUCCUCAUCCUCUGCAUCUGCACCUUCUUCAGCUACUCCGAAUUGAAAACAUGGUGGCGCGGCACCGAAAACUACCACUUCAGCGUUGAAAAGGGCGUCUCCCACGAUCUCCAACUAAACCUCGACAUCGUCGUCGACAUGCCGUGCGACCAGCUGCGCGUCAAUAUCCAAGAUGCAGCAGGCGAUCGCAUCCUCGCCGGCGAACUCCUCAAACGCGAAGACACAAAUUGGUUACUGUGGAUGCAGCAGCGCAACUACGAAUCUCACAAUGCCCACCAGUACCAGACCCUCUCUCAUGAGGACGCCGAUCGACUUGAGGAGCAGGAGGCCGAUUCUCAUGUUGGCCAUGUCCUUGGUGAAGUGCGCCAUAAUCCUCGCAAGAAGUUUCCCAAGAGCCCUCGCAUGCGCAGGGGUGAUAAACAAGAUGCUUGUCGCAUUUAUGGUAGUUUAGAAGGGAACAAGGUACAGGGUGAUUUCCAUAUCACGGCGCGAGGCCACGGAUAUCGCGAGAAUGCACCGCACCUGGAUCAUGGCUCCUUCAACUUCUCGCAUAUGAUCACGGAACUGUCGUUCGGUCCUCAUUAUCCGAAUCUGAUGAACCCGCUUGACAAGACUAUUGCGGAAAGUGAUUCGCAUUACUAUAAGUUCCAGUACUUCCUUUCUGUUGUGCCGACAAUAUACAGUCGUGGCAAGGGUGCUUUGGAGGCUUAUGCGCGCCAUCCUGAGAAGCGUGGCCGCAACACCGUCUUCACGAACCAGUAUGCUGCCACUAGUCAGUCUGGUGCGAUUCCCGAAUCGCCUAUGCUUACGCCGGGAAUUUUCUUCAAGUAUAACAUUGAACCGAUCCUGUUGCUGGUCAAUGAGGAGAGGGCUGGAUUCUUGUCUCUCCUCAUUCGCGUGAUCAACACGGUCUCCGGUGUUCUUGUUACGGGCGGUUGGUUGUUCCAGAUAACUUCUUGGCUGGGAGACGUUUGGGGACGGAGGAAGAGUCGUUCGUCAGAGGGGUAUUUGACGGGUAAAUCUGCAGAGUAG